CCGACGACCCAGCGUCUGCCAUCGCUCACGAUCGGAUUUGUUUACAUCGAUAAAAGAAAUGGCGUUCCACCCAGUCCUCCUCCUGCUGCUGCUGACUGUUGCUCAUCGUGCCAGUAGUCAGAACUCCGAGGACUCUGAGGCUCUUCCAAGAGGCUGUGGCUGGGGCCUUGUGCGUCCCUACACCCUCCUCUGCGACCUGGACUCGAUCUGGGGUGUAGCUGUUGAGUCUGUGGCUGCAGGCGGGAUCCUGGCUGCCAUCUUAUUAGCUCUGGUCCUGCUGUGCCGUUUACGCCACAUCAGUGAGGCUGAGAAGCGCAGCGCCGUGGGACCCCUCCUCCUGCUCCUCCUCGGCAUCCUUGGCUUGUUCGGCCUGAGCUUUGCUUACCUGAUUGAUCAGGAUGAGUCGUUAUGUCUGCUCCGCAGGGCCCUUUGGGGUCUCCUGUUUGCCGUCUGCUUCUCCAGCUUGCUAGUGCAGGGUGUCCGUCUGCGCAGGCUAGGCCAGGAGCGUCGGAGCCCUGGUGGCUGCGCUCUCACUGGCCUGGCGCUGGGCUUGAGUGCUGUGCAGGGCAUCAUUGCUGCUGAGUGGCUUCUUCUGACCGUGCUGCGGGAGGGACGAGCUGCCUGUCAGUACCUACCUGUGGACUUCUCACUAGCCUGCAGCUACGUGCUAGCACUCCUAUUGGCAGCACUAACUGCCGCCUCCCUGGCCCUGUGUGGGAAGACACACCAGUGGCGCUGCAACGCCAUUUGGCUGGUGAUGACCUGCCUGCUUUCGCUGCUGCUGUGGGUGGCCUGGGUGGGCUUCUAUCUGUACGGAAAUGACUGGCUGGGGAGGUCCCCGGACUGGAACGAUCCGACACUGGCCAUCGCUUUAGUGUCUCAGGGCUGGCUGCUGCUUAUCUUCUACGCCAUACCUGAAUCCCACAUCUGCCUGAGACCCCCACCGCAGCCCACUGCCCCGGAUUACUUUGACACAUCCCAGAAUUCAACACGUAUGAGGGAGACCAGCUUUGAUGAAGAUAUCCCUCUCUCUCACAGGCAGUUUGUGGAGAACCAGGGCUACGGAUACAGCGAUGAGAACACUGCAGGCUUGAGGAGCGGUGGCGGUCCUGGGCAACACAACAGUAACACCGCCACCAGGCCCAGCGCUCCUUUCCGCAGCAACGUCUACCAGCCCACCGAGAUGACCAUGAUCCUAAAUGGGGGAGCGGUGAGUACAUCCUCCCAGUCUCAGGUGCCCUCUGCCCCUCCAACCUACACAGGGAGGCAGCUGUGGUGA